AUGUUAUUCUUUUUCCCUGUCAUUCUGCUUGGGUUUCUGUCUUCCUGGUCGACAGUUAACUGCCAAAUCCAGCCCAACAUUAAGCUUCUGGAAUGCUUUGAAUUCAAAAAAAAUUAUUGGAUUGUCGGCCACGCUUUUCACACGUCUUCCGUACAAGCAAGUCUAACUUUUUUUGAGAUGGCCUUCUUCAAAAUUCUCCUUCAGAGUCUCGAAAGGAAUGAAGAUAUUUUAUAUGUGAAAGUUGCUAAAGAAGAUGUGGUUCUUUCAGGAAAAAUUAAUUAAGUUCGAAAUAACCAACUUCAAAAUAGUUGCAAACGAAAUAGUGAGCGAAAAAUUUCGUUUUAGGUCUUUUCGAACCAUUUUCUUUACAAAAAGUCUUAAAAAUUGAAUUUACAUUUUCCAAGGAGCCUAACGUUCACAGACAAGAACUGCGGCAUAGAACUUAGGCUAUCAAUCAAGACGUCGACGUUCACGAGUUACCAGAACGAUUUGGGUGUGUUCGUCAGAAUUAGACACACAUCGAAGGUCGCCUUCUCUGAGGAAUGACGGACACGAAUAGCAUCGCUUUUUUUUAGGCAACCGACCAAAAAACAUUUUUACGCAAUUCGGCUUUUACCGAAUAAGUUCUCGUUUUCCCUCUUCAAAAAGAUUAGGAUUUUUGAUCGUAUUGAGCCAUUUUAACUACAGCUGAUUCAGAAAAUGGAAGAUAGAGAGUGCAGACUAAUCUAUAUAAGCUGACAUUUUUCACUUCAAAAAACUAUCAAAGCUAUAUUUGAGUUCAAAGACGAGUGCCUACGGUCAUGCCUGACAUCGGUUCUACGCGGUUCACCCUGCCUGUCAGCGAUGCACGUGCCGAGUGACGAUCAAUGCGUCAUCUCAGACCAAAAUCAGCUCACACGACCCGAACUUUUCGUCGAGAACGAUGCUAAGCUCACGUUUACAGUUAACUUCUUCCGAAACCUCUGUGCCGAGCCGCCAAUUCAAAAAGGUAAACACCGAAACUUUUCCGAAAUGGACUAGGGUAUUCAAUCCGCAGGUUGAUGGAAUUUCAGUCAUUUUUUGAGUUAAUUGCAUUACUUCGCCCGUACGAGAGAGAAAAGAACGAAGACAAGAAGAUUAAUUCCAAACGCGUCGAAAGACGGCAACGAAGUAGAGAGGGAAGAAAAAAAACAUUUUAAUUGUUGGUUGAUAAUGUCGUUGAAGACUUUUUUUUACCUACAUUUUGAAAAUAACAAUAUUUUUCUUCACUUUUCAGGAGCUGGAAAGUUAGAAGCAAAGCUACUUGGAUACCAAGGUGGUCAAGGAAUACUUCAGUUGAUCCAGUUGCGAGGCGAGAAUCCAAAAAUAAUGAUUAUAAUGACAGGCCUUCGCGAAAACACUGUAAUGAACUGAUCUAAAAACCGUUUAAUCAAAUUUUAAAGAUGUACGACAUUGUGUAUGAUCCUUCGUUGAACGAAUCAAUGAAGUGCAAUAGAAUAAGAACAUCGGGAAUUAAUGGAGAGCGACUUUUAAAUGUGGAAACCGACAACACAGGCUUGGCAGUACAGGUGGUUCUAAAUAACAAGAUGUUCCUUAUUUUUUGUUUCAGACCUGGAAAGAGAUUGAUUGGCACAUUCUCGACGAUUCGUUACUGUCUAAGGUUUAAAACUGAAAAGUACCAUUGUAAUACAUAAUUUUACUUUCAGGUUAUUCUAGUACUAGAAAAAAACUCUUCAAAAGUCAUUAACUGUGGCCACCUAACCGUGGCAGGCGGAAAUAUGACUGAAUGGUACGCUGCGCGUCAAUCUUCCCAUAAUUUUUUCGUUCAGAACGUUCCUAUUCGACUUUUUUUGUUUUUAUUUGUGUAUUUUAUCUACGAUUUAUGAAAUGAACUGACUAAAAAUAAAGUUUUUCUUAAAGUUUUCAAAAAUUCUCUCUCUGGAAAAAUAAUAAAUUUCACACGAUUGUGAUGGAAAAAUGCCGCGUUGAAUGGAACCGUAAUUACGCCUGUUCAAGGCGGCUGUUCGUAUUACGCUAGUUUGAAAAUAUUUUUUUUGUGGUUUUAAAAUGGAAAUUUGUGAAUUAGCUAUGAGAACACUAAGAAUAACUGACGAGAUAAAUGCGAGCUCGGUGGCGGUACAUUGACUAACUCGCAAAAAUGUCGCUUUUUUCUAGGCGCGAUCCCGCAUUUAUCUCGACGCGACCUCGCAUUUUUCUCGGCGCCAUCUCGCAUUUAUCUUGCAUUUCGGAAAUUUUCAAAUUGCGAGAGAAAUGCGAGCUCGCGCCUAGAAAAAUGCGAGCUCGCGCCCAAACAAAUGCGAAACCGGCGCGAGAAAAAAUGCGAGAUGUUUGCGAGCUCGUCAAUGUACCGCCAGUGUCUCGCGUUUAUCUCGGCAGUUAUUCUUAGUGAAAUGACUUGUCAGAUAAAUUAAGUUUGCGUCUUUUGCCAAGUUCGAUGCAUUGAGUGCAAUGCGUACAAAGCGUUUAAUCACACGAAGCUACAAAACUUUUUAUUCGUACGAAUUCUAUUUUUUUAUAUUUAUAAUAUAUCAAACAAGCGCUAGUGCUCAGCUUUGGAACGCCUUUGGCCAGGUUCUUCGAGUAUUUUUUGGAAGCGUCACAUAAAGUAUUCGGAAUGGUAACUUUAGUUUUCUAUAUGAUCUUUUUUAUUUCAAUCUGUUUUGAGGACGAAAAGAUGAAGAAACGGAUCGAAGGGCUGAAGGUAGAAAAAGCCUAUUACGAUGCCUUGCAGUUAUACAGAACCAAAAUUUCCCGUUUUUUCUCUUCGACUAAUAUUGGCCAGGCGGUUCUUCUGAUGAUUGACUCCACAGAGUUUUUUGUGAAAGGUUUUUUUUUCGUUGUUAAAACAAGUUACCCUUAUUGACGGAUUCGUUUUUUCAGAAAAGCAAGGGAUUAUCGUAAUUGACUUAGCACAGUUUUUCAUUGAUGGACUGGUAAAGAACAAAAUUCAACCUUCUGAAGCGCUUUUGGCAACGAUUUCCCAAGUAAAAUUCCUAUUUUUUCCGUCUGAUUUUUUCUACACAGAAUAAUUAUGUAUGAUCAUGUUGCAACUAGAAAAAGUUUUAUGUAUGAAUAAUUAUAAACACUAGGUUGCCGUUUUAAUGACACGUCUUGAAAAUGAAGAAGAUGAUCCACAGAAACUGGUUUCAAAGGGACGACGUCUGUUUGCUGAUAAUGGAUUGCGAUGGUUAGUAUCAAAUUUUUUUGAAUAUUUUUCCAAAAAGGAUCUUUCGGAGUUUUUUUUUAAAAAUAAUUGUUAUAUAAGUUUUGUUGGAAUAAUGAAACAUUCUCUUCGAUAAUAAUAUUUUUUUUAAUGUUCAUUGUUUGCUCACAGGCAUAUUUCUGUGGCGGUGAAGUAGAUAACCAGGAAAGUUAUAUUUGCCUCCACUUCAAUAAAUUUCUACUUUGUUUACAAGAAUCUUUGAGUCGAAUCGAAAAAAAACUUUAAAAAUUUAUGUGAUAUUGCGAAUCGAGAAAGAGUAUCGCGAGACCCUCUGAGGUAUAUCGCAGGCUCUGAAGUCUAUCGAUGAUGCCUCGAGUAUACCUCUGAGGACUUUGCAAAAUGAGAUAGACUUGAGGGAGUUUCUGAAGUACCUCCGAGAUGGCCCAGAUAUGGUACCUUCUCGAUUCGUCUGUGUCAAAAAAAAAUCUUAAAUAUUCUUUUGGUCUUUUUCAAAAACUAUGAGUCUGUUUAAGUAAUUCCAAUAUUCAAACACCCGUUUCGUUAUAAAAUUAAAAGUAACAUGAUGAAUUGGUGGUAGUUCGAGUUUAAGGCUGUUGCCUCUCAGUUGUCUCCGUCUGUUUGGAUAUUGUUUGCAAUUUGAUUAGACACGGUCACCAAUAAUCUCCAAAUAAUCUCCAUUGAUGUGUAGUUAUGAUACAUUUUCUCAACCUUUUAAUCAAUAGCGUGGUUAGAGAGAGGGAUUCCAUUCUUACAGAUUAAUUCACUUCUGGGAGAAGCGGUUUGGUAAAUUUUCCUCGAACAGAUUCUAACCUGUUCAUAUCAGGUUGCGUAAGUGCAGAGUAUAGCGGAAGCUUUCUUUCAACUGUUAUUUUAGUAUUAUAAUGGAUUAUAAUAAUUUUUUUAACUGUUUGCUUGCUGGUUUAAAUUAAUUUAUUGGUAUCCGUUUUUCUAAGCACUUGUAGAAGGUAUGCAAUCUCCAAAACAAAAAAAAACGGAAUUCAGUAAAAUUUAUUGAUUCAUCUUACGGCGUACGACUUACGGCUAGUUCUUUCUGCGCUGAACUGAACCACCGCGUCAGAAAAACAGCGGAUAUUACAAAAAAAAAAACAGCAGCGUCAGUGAAAUAGGGUGGUAUGAAAAAAAAGGCAGCAAAUUUUCAAUCGGCGACUUUUCCGAUUUUUUUCAUACCGCUAGGGAACUUUCCGACGGCCACCUUUCCGCCGAAUCCCUUUCCGAAUUUUUUUACCCUUAUAUUUUUUUCGGUUUAUAAAACAUCUAUUAACAUUUUUCCCCCAUUUAUUUGUGUUUUAAACAUGAAUAUUUUUGCCUACUUUAUAUAGGAAGAUUUAAAACGAAGAAAGUAUCGAGAAAAAAAGUCGGAAAAAAUUUCGUCGGAAAGGUGGCCGUCGGAAAGUUCCCUAGCUAUAUGAAAAAAUCGGAAAAGUCGUCGUUCAAAUUUUCGCUGGUCUUUUUUUCAUACCACCGAAAUAGGCCUGCGGGAGAUCGUUGAAAGUUAUUGAAAACAUCUAUUUUUUUCAGUGAGAUGUGUUUAAGUUUGUAGAAAAAACCGUUUUCAAGUUUCUUUUAGACUUUAAAAAAUUAAAUUAUGAGUAAUUAUAAGAAAUUUGUCGUUCCAGGACCAAAUUUUUCAUGCAGUCGAAGUCGGAAAAACGGCACGGGAGCAAUUUCCUACACUUCUAUUUGGCCAACUACUAUCUUAAAAGUAAUCGAUUGGCAGAUGCACACAAUCAUUUUUUGCUCUCUGAUCGCAGCACAGUGAGUGGAAAUCGGUGGAUUUACUAUUUUUUCGAAAGGAACUUGCCAAUUUCCUACUGGUCUUGUAUCGCGAGAAAGGAUUACGCUCUGAAAUCGAUCUCAUCGUUCUGCGGCCUGUUCUACAGGUUAAAUUUGGAGCGAUAAUUCAAACGGCGACUUUUCCGAUUUUUUCAUAUCGUUAGUGAACUUUCCGACGGAGAAGUUCCCGACUAAUCCUUUCCGACUUUUUCGAUAAAAUCUUCGUUUUGAAUUUUCCUAUAUAAAAAUAGAUACUUGAUUCAUGAUUAAAACGCAAAGAAAUAGAAAAAAAUGUUAAUAGAUUGUUCAUAAACCGAAAAAAAUAAGGAAAAAAAGUCGGAAAAGGAUUCGUCGGAAACUUCUUCCUCGGAAAGUUCCCUAACGUUAUGAAAAAAAUCGGAAAAGUCGCCGAUUGAAAAUUUGCUGCCUUUUUUUCAUUCCACCGAAAAUACACAAAACAAGUUAAAAUCUAAAGAGGGCAAGCUUCAGAUAAAGAUUUUAUCGAAGUUCAAGAUUUUCAUGGGGCUAUCGACCUUUUAUAAAUACAUAUAUUAAUAUGAGUCGUAAUGAAAGUUCUGAAACAGAUUCUGUGUCUCGACCGUUAUCCAAGUGCGAAGAUGCUUUUUUCUGAAUUCGUAAAGGUUUCACAUGCUGGCACGUAUCCCUACAAGCUUCCUCUCUUCAACUUUGCCGAUCUUCUGUUGAGAUCUAUCGCAGCUGUCGAUGUGAGUUUUGCAGUGAUGAGAACAGUCAGCUACGAAUCUUUUUUGAGAUAAAAAAGUUCACCAUUUUGCUUGAAGAAUACAAAAAAGAAUUGAUGCGAGAUCGGAGCCUGACACAAUUGCUUGAAAAGGUAAUUUAAUAUCAACACGUUGAAAGGUGGUUUUUUUUUACAGAUUUGCCGCAUGUACUUCGGCGUUGGGCGAGUAUUAAACCGCGGAACAGGCCUCCAGAGAAUCCUCCAAAGUAAACAAGCUUCAAAACCAAGAUUUUUUUCCAAGCUUUCAGGCCUAACUUCUGAAGAGUCCGAUGAAGCUGACGAAGCCACUUCCCAUCUGGAAAACCAACCGCUAUCGGGUGCCAAUGUGAAGGUCAUACGAAAUCUCGCAAGCAACUCAAAAUCCAGCCCAGUAGUUGCUCCUGACGAGGACGAUCUUGAUUGA